AUGUCGGACUCAGAGAGCGCCGAUUAUCUGCAACCGGACUUCGACCCGUGGUCGCUGACCGUCCCGCGCUUGCGCUCUAUUCUCGUCACCCACAACAUCCAUUAUCCCUCCCAGGCCAAGAAGCCCCAGCUCAUCGAUAUCUUCAACGACCAGGUCCUGCCACAGUCGAAACAGAUCUUGGCUACCCGCGCCCGCGCGAAGCGCACGAGCAGAGGCAUUGUGGAUGCCGACUCCCAGAGCACUACAAGCACCGAGCUCAACGAUGAGGCAAUGCCGCCGCCGCCGCCUUCCACGAGGCGGUCUCGGUCGCCUAGGAAGGUGACUAGGGUGAAACGCGAGUCCGAGGAACCCGACUACACGCCCGCCACACCCGCGCCGCUUAGGGAAAGCCCCCGCAAGAGGCAAUCGCGGUCUACGAGUGCUCAAUUGCAACCCGCAUCCGACACCGAUACAGGCCCCGAUCUCGAGCCGCCUCGGUCGGUGAGACGCGACCGGCGCAUGACCCCGGUCCCUAAGUUGGAGCCGCCAGAGGAGGAAGAGACCUUUUUUAAGCAGACACCCCAGACCGCCAGCGUCUUCAGCAGCGAUAAUCCGUUCCAGAGCGGGACCAACUCGCCAAUGUCUCCCCUAAAGACCCCCACCAACCGCCGCAAGACAUCCGGGUUAGAGUCUUUGCUUCGACAAACGCCCUCCACUGCUCGCCGUCGGACGGAUGGGUAUGCCUUCGUUGACGAACAAGAGCCUUCUACCAUCUCGCGGGAUAUUGAGAUACCUCUCGGGCGGGUCCCAAGGGCAAUCACACCUGAGAUCGAGGCUGAUGAGGAGUUCACUCCUGAUGAGCAACUUGCGCUCACCCAGGAAGAGGCCGCUCACCCCGAAGUGGCUCUUGCCCGACAAGCCCCGCAACCUACCAAGCGCGGUUCGAGUCUGUCGACCCCGUUUUGGGUCCUCGUCACAACUCUCCUCGUUGCCUACGGGGCCUGGUAUAGGCAAGAGAAGAUGGCAGUGGGGUACUGUGGGCUUGGCCGGCAACCAACCCAGCUCAUCCCCACAAGUAUCCAACUUCCGGAGUGGGCUGUCGAAUUGGGCGCCAAGUAUGAUCUCGGGGACAUUCAGAGUGUCCAGGUCCCCGAUUACCUGACCGGUGUUUUCGAGCCGCAGUGCGAACCCUGCCCGCCGCAUGCGUACUGCUACGAGGACUUUACAGCUCGGUGCGAACCUGAUUUCAUCCUGAAGCCCCACCCACUUUCCCUCGGCGGCCUCGUUCCUCUACCGCCUACGUGCGAGCCUGAUGGUGAGAAGGUCCGGCGUGUCCAGGCCGUCGCCGACAAGGCCGUUGAGGAACUGCGUGAACGGAGGGCCAAGUACGAGUGUGGCGAGCCCCUCGAGCCCGAGGGUGAGCCUCUAGACAGCCCCGCCAUGGAAGAGCAAGAGCUAAAGGAGAUCCUCAACAAGAAGCGCAGCAAGAGAAUGGCUGCUGAUGAAUUUGACGAGCUGUGGAGCGCUGCCAUCGGCGAAGUCAAGGCCAGAGAAGAAGUUGAGGUCAAGCAGGAGGAACCCGAGGCCCCGGCAACCGGAGAUCCCUCCGCCUUUCCAACUACCAAACUAUCGUCCACCUCUCUCGCUAGCCUUUCGUACUCCUGCGCGCUCCGGCGGUCGGUCAAGCUCGGAGUGGCUCGACAUCGACUCAGCAUUGGUGGAGUGAUCUUCUUGAUUUUGUCCAUGCUUUACGGCCGCCGCCGCUUCAUUGACAACCGCGCCCUGGCGGCGCAGAUCCCGGCCCUGGUGGACGAGGUCCUCGACCGUCUCGCGAGCCAGAAGGAAGUCGCUUUCGAAACCGGCGACGACGACGCUUUCCUCUUCCUGCCGAACCUACGCGACGACGUACUACGCUCGCUGCACAGUCUGGCGGACCGCGAGCGCCUCUGGCAGCGCGUGCGCGCCGUCGUCGAGCAGAACAGCAACGUCCGCACGGGCCAGCGCGAGGGCCGCAACGGCGAGGUGGGGAGGGCCUGGGAGUGGAUAGGCCCCAGCCGGCUCGGCGCCGGCGACGGUUCGGCAUCCCGUCACCGCAAGGGCGCCCGUGUCUCGUGGGGCCCGGACGUCAAGGGGGAGGCGGAGGAUAGGCCGGCCCCGGACGCGCUGGAGCGCAAGGCUGUCCAUCGGAAGUGGGAGGAGGGCCGGCCUAUUUACUAA